GUAUAAACUGCGUUAAGCGUGCCUCUCGCGUGUCCAUACAAAAACGACCCGCGCGUGCCCAUGCGCGUGCACACGCUCGUGAGCCCGUCGCGUGAUACUUCCGUGCAAUGGGGCACGCAUGCACGCGACGUGAUCACGCAUCACGUUGGACGGGUCCACGCGCGAAGCCCGCUAGCGGGUGCACGCGCGUGCUUGUUCAGUUGACAGCGCUAUCUCGAACCGACCGCACGCGCGUGCCCGGCCCAUAACAAAAAAUGACAAAUUUUGAUACAGAAAGGGUAAUUGUUGAAGUUCAGUGUCGUCCUGCCAUAUGGGACCAAUCAAGCGAAAUAUUUAAAGACCGGGACGCUAAAUCAAAAGCAUGGCUAGACAUUUGUAAAGUACUGUUUGAAAAUUUUGAUGACUGGAGUGAAGCAGAAAAAAACAUACAAGUGAAAAAGCUGCAGCAAAGAUGGAAAACUGCAAGAGACACUUAUAUAAGAGUGAGGUCUACUAAAAAAAAACUUAAAUCAGGCUCCGGUUCCAGGGCAAAUAAAACAUACGUUUACUAUAACAUGCUGUCAUUUUUAGAUUCAAACUCGAAUACUCAAGGAGAAGAAUCGGCAGACAAUUUUAAUCAGUCAGUAGAGCAAAACGCGUCACCGAGAACUUCACAAAAUAAUACGAUUAUUGAAGAAGAUUUGAUUAAUGUACCUAGCACCAGCUCCAGCGUUACCAAAGAAACACGAUCUUCCAAGAAACGUAAGUGCGAAUCGCCAACUGAUUUCGAAUUAGAGUUGUUAAAUUACGUGAAGAAUAACACUGCAGAUAAUAUGGACGAAGACUUGAAUUUUUUUAAGUCAUUAUUACCAACUGUAAAAAAAUUGAGUUGCUUUAAAAAAUUAUUAUUUCGUACGAAAGUAUUACAAGCUUUAAUUGAUAUUGAAAAAGAAAUGAUUAUUACCAUUGAUGACCUUUCAUUAACGCAAAAUACGGUAACGAAUGAUUUAGAAUCCUUAAAUGUAAGAUCAGAUACGAACAAUGAAUAAAUAGGUAACAAGAAAGACUUUGAAGAUUUGAUUAAGACUGUUUAAUUAUUAAGAACAAAAGAAAGAGAAGAACAUGAAGAACUAUUUAAGUUAGUAAAAAGCGCAAUUUUAUAUUUAUAUUUUUCUGGUCUCAUGUGCAAUUAUUAUGAUAUACAAGGGCAUUCGCCAAAAGUUUACAAGCCUUGAGGUGUCAUGUUCAUAAGGAAAGAAACGGGGUCGAUUCGGACACUUUUAUCUUAAACCCUAUUUUGGGGUCAAAUAAAAAAGUGUAUCAAUAGACCCCUUUUUUACUUAAUGGACCUUUUUUUUGAACCUACUCAUAACAUUGCUCCUUCAUAUGUCCUCUUCUUAAAUUUAAUCUUUUAUGUAGUAAACUGUGAUUAUGAUUGUGAUGAUAAAUAAGAAUUUAAAAUAAUAUUAGUACCCGAUCUAGUAAUAGAAGGGAAUAAUUAAUAAGGGAAAUAUUCAUAUGUAAAAACUUGCAAUCAA